CAAGUGAAAUUAUUUGUACUUAUCAACUGCUAGUUAAGAACUAUCUGUUUACUCAUAGAGAAGAAGAAAAAGAAAUCUAUCUGUCUACUGAUCGUUUGUUGUAUAUUUAGUCCUUUGCCUUUUUCCUCCCUUAGUUGCUAAGAUGCUUUAUUCUUCCAUUUUCCCUUUCAUCCAGGAAGGUUGACAUUAACCAACUAUGCUCUCUACUUUGAGUCUGGAAUGGGCUUAUAUGAUAAAGCAGUGCGGUUUGAUCUAGCAUCCGACUUGAAGCAGAUCAUUAAGCCCGAGCUAACUGGACCUUUAGGUGCUCGCCUCUUUGACAAAGCUGUUAUGUACAAGUCGUCAUCUAUGGUAGAUCCUGCAUAUUUUGAAUUUCCGGAAUUUAAAGGAAGUUCAAGACGGAACUAUUGGUUGGAUAUCUGUCUUGAAAUCUUCCAUGCUCACAAAUUUACUCGGAAGUAUAAUAUCAAAGAGGGUCAGCAGUUUGAAGCACUCGCUAGGGCUGUUCUUGGAAUUUACCGAUACAGGGCAGUAAGAGAGGCUUUUAAGGUAUCUUCUUCCAACUAUAAAACCCUACUGUGUUUUAACUUGGCAGAAAGUCUUCCUAGAGGAGAUGCGAUCUUGGAAACUUUAUCAAGUCGCUUGACACUCAUGAAAUCUGCCAGCAAUCAUCGUGGGUUAUUGGGUUCUCCUAGUGCAAGGAGACAGGUGAUACACCCAGUAUCACGGGUGUCACUUUGUAGACUUGGUAUUAUCUCAUGCAAGGAGGUUGACAUAAUUGGAGAAGCAACAAAUUUGGUUGGAGAUGUCUGUGUUGGUGAGAUAAAUCCUCUGGAAAAUGCUGUCAAGCAGUCAAUGAAGAACAUUGGAAGGGCUGAAGCUGCACAGGCAACAGUUGACCAAGUCAAAGUUGAAGGAAUUGAUACUAAUUUAGCUGUAAUGAAGGAGCUGCUUUUCCCUGUCUUCAAAUCAAUUAACCACCUUCAACAAUUAGCUUCGUGGAAAAAUCCAUGGAAGUCGAUGUUAUUUAUGGUGCUUAUAAGCUAUGUUAUAAUCAGGGGAUGGAUAAAGUACUCAUUGCCGGCGCUGUUAGUUGUGCUUGCAGUUAUCAUGCUCUGGCAUAGGAAUGCCGGAAAAGGGAGGCCAUUAGAACCACUAAAAAUCAUAGCUCCUCCUCCAAAAAAUGCUGUUGAGCAGCUUUUGUUAUUGCAAGAAGCUAUUAGUCAACUUGAGGCAUUAAUCCAAAGUGGCAACAUUGUUCUACUGAAAGUACGAGCUCUCAUUUUUGCUGCCCUUCCUCAGGCAACCGACAGGACAGCUCUUCUACUGGUGAUCAUGGCCUUGGCUUUUGCUUUUGUGCCACUAAAACAUUUGAUUCUUUUUGCUUUCUUGGAGUCUUUCACAACGAACAUGCCUCUCAGAAAAAUUAGCAGUGAAAGAGAUCUCCGACGGAUUAGAGAGUGGUGGAUCAGGAUACCAGCAGCCCCUGUGCAGCUUAUGAAACCUGAUGACAAGAAGACAAGAUGAGUAAAAUGAUUCAUCACAAUUAUCUUUAUAAACAAAUAUACUAUAAUUUCAAAAACCAUGAACGCUAGGAGUUUUCGAUUGAUGGCAUACAGUUUUAGCAUAAUUUCUAUUUUAGUCCUUGUGUUAUUUAGCUAAGCACAUUGGACGUUCAAUUGAAACAAAAUGUGUUUUCUUUAAAAAAUUACCCCCUUUAUACCAAAAUUGCCCAUAUUUUACUUUC